AUGGCAUUGGAGCAGUUCUCACCUAAGACAUGCCUAAUGGUGAAGUGUCCAACAAGCCCAGCAGCAGCAGCAUCAGCGCCCAGCUUUGAAACAAAUGAAGAUCGAUUAGACGAGCUGCUGAUAAAUGAAGUACAGUUGUACAGAUGUCUGUGGGAUCCUCGCGCAAGGGCCUACAAAGAAACGCCAAAGAAAAACGAAGCUUGGAAACAGAUCUCCACAAAAUUAGGGAAGAAUGAUGAAGCUUUGAAAAAGAAGUGGAAGUACCUCAGAGAUGGAAUGAUGAAAUGUUUGAAGAAAAUUGAGAUUGCCAACCGUUCUGGAUCUGGGGCACAUCGUACUCCAACAUGCAAGCAUUUCGAGAGUUUGUUGUUUUUAAAGGACUCUAUAUCAAAUGAAGCAACUGAAAGCAACAUUGUUCAACCUGAUCACACUAUAGAUAGUGAUACUGUAUCUGCCAGCUUACAUGUAAAUUCUCAGCAAAUCUCACUCCCACCAUCACCAUCCCCAGUUGGUGCUCCAAAAAGAUCAUGUGUUAAUUUUGAAAGAAAAUUGUUUGAAGAAGCCAGAGAAAGACGUGAGCGCAUGGAUAUACUGCUGAUUGAGUCCAUUAAAUCAAAUACGUCAAAAGCAUGUGAUAGUGAUGACAGCAGAGAUGAUGCAGAUUUCCUUUUCUGCAAAAGCCUGGUCUCGUCACUAAAGAAAAUGAGACCCAAGCAAAACAGGAUGGCCAAAAUCGCAAUUCAACAGAUUCUCUUAAAGUAUGAGUUUGAAGAAGACAUUGAUAACUAA